GUGUACGGAAUCCUUCUUUUUUUUCUACUAUUCGACAUUGACACAUCCACACGCACGCAAGACACAGCAAGAGGGAGAGAAAGAGACGGGGAUAACGCGGACAACAUGGGGACAAUCACUGUGAUCAAGGGUAACAUCGUCACCACCUCCAAGGUGCGCUAUGGCGGCUGUGUAAUCGUCGUGGACGAGACCAUCGUGGCGGUGUGUGACAACGCUGCUACGGCGCGGAAAGAAGUGGAGAAGUUUCAAAGAGAGCAGCCCCACCCCGACUCUGUCAUGUGGGAGGAGGCCGCGUUUGUGUUGCCAGGCUUCGUAGAUAUCCACAACCACGGCCUCGGCGGCACUAGCGACGUCAUCGGCCACUGGUCGAACCCGGAGUAUUCACUCAAGGAGCUGGCACGCUGCGGCACGCUGACGACGCUGGCUUCCAUUAUUUUCUCCGACACCCACAAGAAACUCGUGAACGAAUGCAUCGCCGGGAUUGAGAAACGCGUGGGGAAGUAUGCGGCCGACAACUGCAUCCUCGGUGGCAUUCACGCGGAGGGCCCCGUCAUCAAUGACCGCGGCGGCCUACCGGAGUGCAAGACGGAGCUAAACCUCGACAGUUUCAAGGCUCUCGUUGCGACGAUGCCGUCACUGCGCGUCAUGACGAUCUCGCCGCACAUCGAGGCACGCUGCAACUACGAGAAGAUUCGAUAUUUACUCCACCGUCGCGUCCGUGUGGCGCUCGGCCAUGAUCGUGUGGCCACCAAAGCUGAAAUCAUGGGUGCUCUCAAACUGGCCGUGAAGGAGGAGGAUAAACUGCACGUCACGCACCUGUGCAACGUGAGCACCUUCCACCACCGCAAGAGUUCCCUUGUGAACGCCGCGAUGUGCAAGCGCUACCCGAACGCCGCGCUCUACAGCGGUGCGCGGCCACCGACUCUGGAGAUCAUUGGCGACCUCAUCCACGUCGACUCCGUGACGCUGCAGUCCGUCUUCGCCUCCCGCGACGUGCAGGACGUUGCAGUCAUUACGGACUGCAUCUCUGCGCACCUCCCCGGCAAGCACGUGGUGUACAACGGACGCGACAGUGUGGUGCAGGCGGCGGGCGGGUGCUACCUGUGCGACUCGCUUGGCCGCCCCUCCGGCACGUUGGCGGGCGGCACGAGCAUGUUGGCGGAUCUCUUCUACGCUUUAGUGACGCUGUUUGAGAUGGACAUCGUAGAUGCGUGUCAGCACACCGCCACGGUCCCUGCUCGCAUCGCCUACCUGCACGACGUCGGUUCCAUCGAUACGGGGAAGAAGGCCAACUUGCUUCUCUUCAACACCGACCUAAACCGCAUAGAGAAGCGCAUGAUACACGGCCACUGGACCACACACAAACCUUACAACAUUCUUCGUCCCUCUGUCGCACAUAUGUAA